UUCCAACAUUAAAAUUCGAUUAUUAAUAAUUUUGUAAGCAAGUAAAAUUUAAUAAAUCUCUUUAAAUCCACCAAAUUUGGUUUACAAAAUAUUGUUAUUGUGUUGCCUAAAUAUUAAAUACAUGAUAUCUACCUAAAAUAGUUAUAUUAUAUCUUGUACGAUAAAUUUUGCUAAGAUUAAGGCAUUAAAAAUAUAAUAAAUUUGGGGUACAAAGUCAAAUGGUAAAAGUCUGUUUGUAUUGUUUUCUUAUCUGUUAUCGCUUAUGUGACAUUCUUUUUGAAAGAUAUUAUUUGAAUGAAAUGACUUAUCAGAAAGUAAAGGAAAAAGUUAAUGAAAUUAGGAAGUUAAAAUCGGAAUUAACAAAAAUAGAAGAGGAAUUAUCUGAACAUAAUAAGGUUGCAAAUGAAAAUUUUGAGAAAUUACAACGUUUACGAACAGAAGAAGAUGAUAAGAAAUAUAAGAGCAAGAUAUAUGAUGAAGCUGAAAAAUGGGAUAAAAAAAAUUCAGAACGUGAAAAUUUAAAACUUGAACAAGAAGAAUCAAUAGAUUCUUUAAUAAAAUACGCAACGCGAAAACGAGAUUAUUGGAAUGAUGUAAUUAAUUUACAUUCAAUAAAUCGUGAUUUUGACAAACCUUUAUCAAAAAUGCCUCAGAAAAUAAAAGAAACCAUUAAUGAAAUUAGGAAGUUAAAAUCAGAAUUAAUAAAAAAAGAAAAGGAAUUAUUUGAACAUGAUAAGAAAUUACAACGCUUACGACGAGAUGAUAAGAAACAUAUGAGAAAACGGAAUAAAAAAAAUUCAGAAUAUAAAAAUUUAAAAUUUGAUCUAGAAAAAUUAAUAGAAUUUUUAAUCAUAUGCGAAAUGCAAAAACGAGAUUAUUGGAAGUAUGUAAUUUUACAUGCAAAAAAUCGUAAUUUUGACGAACCUUUAUCAAAAAUAAAGAAUCGAAGUACGUGAAAAAUUAGAAUAUUGAAAGAUUUUGACAUUAACAAGUCAAUGAGAGGUCAAGAAUAUGGAGUAAUAAGAAAAAAAAAAAAUUUUAAUUCAAAAGCGUAUAUAUAGUGCAUAUUGGUGUGGGAAAAUUAAGCUGCAGCACAGCAGAGCCAAUCACGUGAUUAUGAUAGAUGAAAAUUUAUAAAGUCAAUAUACGAGAAUUUAUUUUCAGAGAAAAAUUGAUUGAAAUACGAAUCCAAUAUGAGAAUAUAUGAGUUAUUCGAAAACAGUAUGGUAUUCAGGAAAGCACAAGAGAAUUAAGAUUUCGAUUAUAGCGUGAUAUUUAAACAAUAUUAUAAAGGACCAGGAAUAGGGUAUUAAUAAAUCUAGUAGUUUUAUCUAAAGAAUUUUCAAUUAAGAAAUUAAAAUUAAUGAGUUA